ACAGGGGGUUCAUUUAAAUGGGCUUCAGGGGGAGAGAAGCAGAUUAAAUUAGUUUGGGGGGAAACAAAGAGUCGGAACGACGCAUAAAGGCGGAUGCUGGAGAAGAGUUCACACUCGAAACUUAAGCAAGACUAUUUAGUUUUUCAGUGUGAAAACUUUCAACAGAAAACAAAAUGCGUGGCCUGUUAUCCACCCUCAUCGUGGUGCUGCUGGCCUUAAUGAUCGUGACCACAGAGGCGGGGAAAAACAAGAAAGAGAAGAAUAAAGGAGGUAAGGGUGGUUCGGACUGUGCAGAGUGGCGCUUUGGCAGUUGUGUGGCCAAUAACGGAGACUGUGGAGCAGGCACGAGGGAAGGCACCUGCAGUGAGCAGACCAAGAAAGUCAAAUGCCGAGUGCCCUGCAACUGGAAGAAAGACUUUGGAGCCGACUGCAAGUAUAAGUUUGGGAACUGGGGCGAGUGUGACGCAACCACAAGCACAAAGAGCCGCUCUGGCACUCUGGUGAAGGCUCUCUUCAGCGUCGACUGUCAGCAAACCAUCUCUGUGUCCAAACCAUGCACCACCAAGAUCAAAAACAAACCCAAAGGAAAGAAAGGCAAGGGGAAAGGAAACUAAAGGGAGCAUGAGAUCCAGAGGAGCAGUAAACACCCCGUGAUCAUCUGUCAUCCAAACACGGCCUUUUAUAUCUCUAUACUCAGUGUUCUUCAGCAUGAGCCGAACUCGCACUAUAGCCACAAACACAUAGCUUUAGAAGACUAUGACAGAGAACCAGCUGAGUGUCUGACACGUUAUGUGACUCUUUGAUGUGUGGGGGAGGGGAGAAUAAAAUGCCGUUGCUUAGCGUGUGGUGCCCUGUAGUUGACCCAUUCCUCUGAUGUUUCCCUCCAGCACAGAUCUCUCUCUCUCUUUCUCUCUCUCUCUGUCGUUACUAUCUAUCAGCUGUGUAAGCCUCAGGCCUCUCAUUUGCUAAAGGACAACAAUCACUAGAAUUCAAUCAGACACAUCUGUUUUAUUACUGUUUUACUUACACAUUUGCUUUUGUAAAAUUGUGUAAUUUACAGGAUUAUAUUACUAGUAGGGUAUACAAGUAGUGUUUGGAUAAGUCACCCUUCUCUUUUUUUGUAUCCUAAAAUAUAAAACUGAGGAGUGUUGUUUGAAAUAAAUGAUUUCUCUUUUUCUAUAAAAGGUGUAGUUUAUGUAAAAGUGAAAAUACCCCAAUACUGUUACAGUACUUUUCUUUUCUUUUUGACUCGACUGUUACUAACAGACCUAAGGGUGACCUAAGAGGGUUACCAGCAUUAAACUGCAUGGAGAGGAGACCGUU